AUACCAGCGAGUUGAAAACAUCGUCUGCAUUUAUCGUCGUGCCGCCGAUGCCGCUGAUGCCGCCGAUACAGGGAGCACUCACUGUGAAAAUCGUCAGACAAAAUGGCUGAGUUUGGUGCCCACCUGACCUCAGCCACAGCCAAUGACAGGCCGUCGUUUUUUGAGGUGUUGGCUCAGGAAAGCUUGAUGGCAACACUCAGACCGGCGAUGAAAUAUAUGAUCAAGAUACUAGCUGAACACAAUCCAGUCCGCUUUGGCAUCCUGUACCGAUAUUCCGAUGAGAUCUACACAUCGUUAGAUCUCCUGCUGCAGCAUCACUUCUUGAGCACCACAAGUGCGUCUUUUGCUGAGAAUUUCUACAGUCUCAAGCGAGUCCCUACAGUCCCUGCUACUCAUCCUCACAGCACCACCCAGGGUCUUCAGGCAUGGCAGCAUCUUAGAUCACUGCUAUUCCUGGUGCUGGUACCCUAUCUGAAGCUGAAACUAGAGGCAUUGUUUGAGAGAUGGCGAGACGAGGCACUAGACCGGCCGCAGUGGCAGCAAGCUGAACAUCUCAGGCUACGCAGGGUAUUCAUGGCUGUCUUCCCAUUCAUUCACAUGUCUUGGGAGAGUACUGUCUUCCUCUAUCAGCUGAGAUAUCUGUUCCACAAGUCAGACUGCCACUCGCCGUUCUUGAGACUUGCAGGUGUGAGAUUGAAGUACAUGAGCAAAGAGGACAUAAUGGAACAGAUGCAGGGAAUCAGCAUGGAUGCAGAUAUCAGCAGCUGGAGAUCCAGCCUGUACCAUUACUUCAAGAGAGUCUUGGGUGUCCUAGCAGUCUCCAUCUCCCAGGGUCUGUCUGUCGGCAUCUUCUUCCUUCAGUUCCUGGAGUGGUGGUACAUGAGCCAAGAUCAGCAGACGCGGCUGGCCGUGACUGCUCUGCCCAUACCCAAACCACCCAAGAUUAAAGAAGCAAAGGACAGUGCACUGCCCAAAGAUCCAACAUUUUGUCCACUGUGCCAUAAGCAUCGAACAAAUGAUACAGCGUUAUCAACAUCGGGGUAUGUUUUCUGCUAUCCGUGCAUCUACAGUUUCGUCAAAGGCCAUCGCUGCUGCCCAGUCACCAGCUACCCAACCGAACUGAGUCACCUGAUUAAGCUCUACCCACCUGAUUCAUGACCUUUGACCUUGCUCUGUAUUUCCUUCUUUGUUUACUUGCUAAGAAUGCUCUCAAGUCCAUCGGAGAUAAGAUAUUCAAGAUGCAUUCCCCAUGCUAUUUUUGAGUUUCACCUUAAAAUAAUUGAUUUUUUUUUGUAUCUGUUUUUUUCCUAGCAAUGUAAAGGUUUUUCACUUUUGGAUGAGACAUCGAAUAACAAAAAUCCACGUUUAGUUAUUGCAUUAUUUCUUCACAAAAUUUUAAUUAUUGGCUGCCAGACUAUAAUUUGCCUUUCACAGGGCGGGUCAUUUGUGCACAAAAUGAAAGCUCUUUUUUCAGAGGGUUGCAGGCGCCGAAAAUCAGAAUUAAGUAGGUUUUUAUUUUUUCGUUAAAAGAAACGAUUGAAAAUUUGUUCAGGAGAAAGAAAACUUGUUUUUUGCUGGCAUGGGGUAUGCAUCUUUAACAUCAAAAUUAUCAGAUAUUCUCAAUUUUUACGCAGGCUAUUUAUAUAAAAAUUUGAAAUUCAAUGCAUACUGUGCAAAUCCAAUAAGACCUUUCUUUAAUAGGCAAAUAUAUGUUUUUUUUGUUGGGAAAUCGGAACUCUUUUCAAAUGGUUCUUUGUUUUAUCUCAAUGUGACAUGCACUGCAAAAAUGUGUCUAAUAUCACAUGGGGCAUAAGUUCUGUGUUACAUUCUUAAUACAUGUAUAUUAAAGUUGAUUGUGAAAAGAUUGCUGAAAUAUAAAAAUGACAAAAAUACCAGGAAGUAACAGAAUACAUGUUGGUUCAACUAGGAUGAAUGAGUUACGAUUUGUAAACUGAGACAUUCCUGGCUUUGGCACGCAUUCAUGAUUAAAAAGGCGUGAAAAUUUAUGGCUUUUCCGGCUGUCCAUUUUUCAUUUUGAAAGAUGUCAGAAUAAUUUCUAGGCGAACUAUAAAAUUACCCUGGUUAUCCUAUUAGUGCACUCAAGUUAAAAAACUAUAGACGGAGAAUGGGAUAAUAAAUUUAUCAUAUGUAGGCAUUACAUGUAUUGAACUUCUGAACUGGAGUUUGUAAAUUUAUUGAAAUUAAAAGUGAGGAUGUACUUUUUUAUUUGA